AUGACACUCCUGGUGGCGAACGCGAUGCCCAUGGAAGAGCUGAAGGAGAUGAUGCUCACAAAAUAUUGUCCUAGAGGUGAGAUUCAGAAGAUAGAACAAGAGUUGUGGAACCUCACGGUUCAAAACACCAAUAUCAACGCAUACAUAUCUAGGUUUAGUGAGCUAUCUCUUCUGUGUCCCGGAAUGAUCACCUCACAAGAGAAAAAGAUUGAAAGGUUUAUCUGGGGACUGACUGAACCUAUCCAAGGGAAUGUCAUUGCAGCAAACCCUAAGACGUUUGAUAAUGCCAAAAGACUGGCCAAUAAGUUGUACGAUCAUGGCAAUAAGAAGGGUGCCAAGAUAGUGGAAGCGGAGGUUAAGAAGGAAGAACAGAACAAGGAGGGGAAAAACAAGAAGCGAAAAGGGAAGCAAAACUCGAAAUCGUCUAAGAAGCAACAAACGGUGUCUGUCCAUGCUGCAACACAAGCUACUGCCACACCACAUGCUCCAGCCUCAUCCAUGCCAAAUGCUUCCAAACAGUACUCGAGAAAUCCCCCCAAGUGUAACAAAUGCAACUUCCACCAUCACGGGGAGUGCAGAGAGAUGAGUUGCACAAGGUGCAAUCGAAAAGGCCAUAUAGCGAAGUAUUGUAGGACUCGGUUUCAACAGAACCAGAUGAAAAACAACAAUAACAACACUAAUACUGGAGAUAGCUACACGUGUUACGGAUGUGGGAAAACUGGGCAUAUCAGGUGA